CGAGGCGGGCGCAGAGCGGCAGCGGCUGCGGAGCCGGCGGGGGAAGCGGCGGCGCUCCUGGCUCGCGCUCUCCGCCAACCGCCAGCUCGCGCGCCCGAGUUCGUAGAUGGGGCUGAGCGGCGCCCGCUGAGGAGGGGACGGGGAGCGGGAGCCGGUGCCAGCCGCAGCCAUGCAGCAGGUCCUGGAUAACCUUACUGAUCUGCCGACAUCAACAGGCGCUGAAGAAAUAGACCUGAUUUUUCUUAAAGGAAUUAUGGAAAACCCUAUUGUAAGAUCACUUGCUAAGGCUCAUGAGCGACUGGAAGAUUCUAAACUUGAGGCUGUCAGUGACAACAACCUGGAGUUGGUGAAUGAAAUUCUUGAAGACAUCAGUCCCUUAGUAAAUAAAGAUGAAAAUAUUGCAGAAUUGGUUGGAAUACUCAAGGAGCCUCAUUUUCAGUCACUCUUGGAAGCGCAUGAUAUUGUGGCUUCAAAAUGUUACGAUUCCCCUCCUUCUAGCCCAGAAGUCAAUAAUUCUUCAGUGAACAAUCAGAUUGUUCCAGUAGAUGCUAUUCGUAUCCUCGGAAUUCACAAAAGAGCAGGAGAGCCACUGGGUGUUACGUUUAGAGUUGAGAACAAUGAUCUGGUAAUAGCACGAAUUCUUCAUGGUGGAAUGAUAGAUCGACAAGGUCUUCUGCAUGUAGGUGACAUUAUCAAAGAGGUGAAUGGCCAUGAGGUUGGAAACAAUCCAAAAGAACUGCAGGAACUGCUGAAAAAUAUUAGUGGCAGUGUCACUCUGAAGAUUCUCCCCAGCUACAGAGACACUGUUAUUCCUCAACAGGUUUUUGUGAAGUGUCAUUUCGAUUAUAAUCCAUAUAAUGACAACCUCAUCCCAUGCAAAGAAGCAGGUUUGAAAUUUUCUAAAGGAGAAAUUCUUCAGAUUGUAAACCGGGAAGAUCCAAAUUGGUGGCAGGCUAGUCAUGUCAAAGAAGGAGGAAGUGCAGGGCUGAUUCCUAGCCAGUUCCUGGAAGAGAAGAGAAAGGCCUUUGUUAGGAGGGACUGGGACAACUCGGGGCCUUUCUGUGGAACAAUAAGCAGCAAAAAAAAGAAAAAGAUGAUGUACCUCACUACAAGAAAUGCAGAAUUUGAUCGUCAUGAAAUCCAGAUCUAUGAGGAAGUAGCCAAAAUGCCUCCUUUUCAGAGGAAAACACUCGUCUUAAUUGGGGCCCAAGGAGUGGGGCGAAGAAGUUUAAAGAACAGGUUUAUAGUACUGAAUCCUACUAGGUUUGGAACUACGGUGCCGUUUACUUCACGGAAGCCAAGGGAUGAUGAGAAGGAUGGGCAAGCAUACAGAUUUGUGUCACGAGCUGAAAUGGAGAUGGACAUUAAAGCUGGCAGAUAUUUAGAGCAUGGAGAAUAUGAAGGAAAUCUUUAUGGCACCAAAAUUGAUUCCAUCCUUGAAGUUGUUCAGACAGGAAGGACCUGCAUCUUGGAUGUAAAUCCACAGGCCCUGAAAAUACUGAGGACUUCAGAAUUCAUGCCCUAUGUAGUGUUCAUUGCUGCUCCAGAAUUGGAGACUUUGCGUGCUAUGCACAAAGCUGUGGUAGAUGCUGGAAUUACAACCAAACUUCUCACUGACACGGAUUUGAAAAAAACAGUGGAUGAAAGUGCACGGAUCCAGCGAGCAUACAACCACUAUUUUGAUCUGACCAUUGUAAACGAUAACCUAGACAAAGCCUUCGAGAAGCUACAGACUGCUAUCGAGAGACUGAGGCUGGAGCCGCAGUGGGUCCCAAUUAGCUGGGUAUAUUGAUAUUUCUCAAGAGGAGCUUAACAAAUAAAAUCAACUGCAGCAGAUACGCUAACGUGAUGUUGUGUAGAUACUGACGAUAACCUACGGCACCUGUGCAUUUUUACUCUGUGUAUAUUCAAAAGUACACUAUUCUGAAUUUUUAUAAAAAUGUUGAAGGGAAAGUGUACUUAAAUAUGUAAUUUAUUUUAAUUUUUCUAACUUUUUACAGAUAACCUUUCUAUUCAUAUCACAUGAAGGAAAUGCGUUUAAGCAUUUUUAUAUGUUUUGAUUUAGUACCUUUGCCUUUUUUGUCUAAGAAACUUUCGGUCAUUCACUUCAACAUUUACAUCUUGGUCUUACAUUUUCACUGUGAUUUAAAAAGAGGAUACUUGAAACAAUUUUUGUAAAACUUGUUAAUGUAAGUGUUUAACUGGUCAAAAGUCUAUAGCUCUUAUUAGGAAAGAAUACUAAUUUCUUUGGGAUUAUUCUUUUCUUCCUUAAAAAAGUAAUAAUUUCAUGGGAGCAGAAUUUUAAAUACUAAAAGCAGCAACAAACACACAGCUCCAUUGCUCUAGCUUCUUUCAGCUUCAUGUUGGUGCAUCCUUGAUGUUUCACAAAUUCUUGAUGUCUCUUGAUUUAGACAACCGUUGUGUAGGUUCCCUGAUACGUGUCUCUUAAAAUAACAUCAAGCAAUACCUUGCAAGCUGCUUAUUAGGCUUUGCUUGGGAGCCAAGCUGUUAGCCUGUUGUGGUUGAAGUGCUGACGUUAGAAAGCUUGUCCACAAGGUAAUUCAGUGCAAUUUGAGUAAUAGUGAAGUAGCCUGAGAGAGAACCUGAUAACGUGGAGCACCGUAGAGUGAUGCAUAAUGUUUAGGACUAUUUACUCAUAGUUGUGAAAACACAUUGCUUUUAACAAAAAAAGAAAAACCAAAAACAAAAACAAAAAACCACCAAGAAAAAAAGCCAACAAAAAAAGGCAUUUUCUUUUCUUAGGACAUUGUUUGAUAUUUGUAUAGUGAUUUGUGGCUUAAUUUCCUGCACUAUCUAGCUGGGUUCUAUAUUAUCUUUUUGAGUAUUUGUGUGUGAUCAACUGCUGUAUUUUUGAGUGUGAUGUAGUGGAAUUUCUGUGCUUUUUGCUACAUUGUUUUUAAUGGCAUUUUUCAUUAGAAAGCUUGUGAAAUAGAAGCUUAGGGCUAAAAAGCAAUGUUGUUUAUACCUUUUUUGUUUUACAACAUACUUCCCUUUUGUUUAGUGACAGUUCUCCCCUUAGUAGGCUCAUUGAUGUAAUUCGUAAUAAGUUCAAGUUCAUCGAUCGAAACUUAGUGAUGUAAAUUUCUGCUUAAUAAGAACAAAAUGAAAAUAUAGCUUGUUCCUAAGACUA